UCUAGCACUGUUUGUAGAUGCAAAAUAAUGACGCUGACAUCGACGAUUGGAUUAUUUUUGUUAUAAGAGGGGACGUAUAAUGGAUAAUAAUGUAGAACACGCUCCAGAAAAAACGCCAACAGCAACAGUAACAACAGGAGCAGCAGCCGCCGCAGCCGAAGUAAUCAGUGGAACACGCAACGCCGGAGCAACGCCAGUGAACAUCUUGGCUAACAACUCAACCUUUUGGAAAAACAGCGGACGGAGAGUCCCCGGACGGCCCAGUCCCAAACGAGAUCUACCGCCCGAGGUCGUGGCGACAGGUCAUCGCGGUGCCGGCAGUGGCAUGGUGUCCACCUUUCGUGACUAUCAGCAGUCGGUGAGCGAUGCCUGGGACACGGGCGACGACGAGUUCUGCAUCAUCAGCAGCACGGAAGCGGCGGCAGCAGCAGCAGCGGCCGCAGCUGGAGCCGGCGCUGGUAAUUAUGGCACUCGCAUAUCGCGCCAAAUGUCACAAACGGCGGCACUGAAUGUGAUUGAAACGCACUCAAGGAGCAAUCAAAACCACAACACACCAAGGGCCAACGACUGUGGCAGUGCAGACCUGACCUCAAGCACCAGAAGCACCCCGGAAGAGAAUAGGGAAGAGCGCCGGCGAUCGCUGCCAGACAGCAAUGAGAACAGAUCACGUUUGAGAAACUAUCCCGGACGACCGCAACUGCAGAAGAUCAGCUGCAACUCACAAGACGGCGAAUAUGAGACGAAAAUUGAAAAGUUUCAGGUGCUACUCGACUCGCCGCAGUUGGAUCUGGUGGCUCUGAAGAAGCUCAGUUGGUCGGGAGUGCCGCGCAAGAUGCGCGCUGUAAGCUGGCGGCUGCUGUCGAAAUAUCUGCCCCCCUCGAGCGAGCGACGCAUGGCGGUGCUGGAGAGUAAGCGGCAGGGCUAUCACGAUUUGAGACACAACUACUUUAGGGUCGACAGCCAGGACGAGACACAGCAGGAUACGUAUCGUCAGAUACAUAUCGAUGUGCCGCGCAUGAAUCCACAGAUACCGCUCUUCCAGCAACAGCUCGUCCAGGAGAUGUUCGAGCGUGUCCUCUUCAUUUGGGCCAUCCGGCAUCCGGCCUCGGGCUAUGUGCAGGGCAUCAACGAUCUGGUCACCCCCUUUUUUAUUGUGUUUCUGCAGGAGGCAUUGACGCCCAACACAGAUCUCGAGAAAUUCGACAUGUCCACACUGGCGGAGGAGACGCGCAACAUCAUCGAGGCAGAUUCGUUUUGGUGCCUAUCCAAGUUUCUCGACUGCAUACAGGAUAACUAUAUCUUUGCCCAGUUGGGCAUACAGGAGAAGGUCAAUCAACUCAAGGAUCUUAUACAGCGCAUAGACGUUAAUCUGCAUCGUCAUUUACAGACGCAUGGCGUUGACUAUUUGCAAUUCUCAUUUCGUUGGAUGAACAAUUUGCUGACACGCGAACUGCCGCUGCAUUGCACCAUCCGUUUGUGGGACACAUAUCUGGCCGAAUCGGAUGGCUUUGCCCUGUUCCAUUUGUAUGUGUGUGCCGCAUUUCUGCUGCAUUGGAAGGAGCAGCUAAUGCAACAGAAUGAUUUUCAAGGUCUCAUGUUGCUGCUACAAAAUCUGCCAACCCAUAAUUGGUCCGAUCGCCAAAUAAAUGUACUGCUGGCUGAGGCAUUUCGCUUGAAGUUCACCUACGCGGAUGCGCCCAAGCAUUUGGAGACGAAGAGUUGACAAAAGCGACACAAACAAUAUAUAUAUACGUAACAUAGAAAUUAGUUUUACUACAACUUUUUGCGGCAUAUACCUACACACCAUACGCAUACAUACAUACAUACAAUCUAAUAAUUAUAUACAAUUUGUUAUUAGUCCUUCCUUUUGUUCUGUUCUGUUCUUUGUUUGUUUUUCAGUUUCGUGUUUUUUUUUUUGUUUUGUUUUUUGUAGCUUUCCUCCAACCCAUAAAGUAGGCAAAACGUCAAACCAAUUACAUAUUCCGCUUUUUGUACAUAAACAAAUCAAAAUACAAAGUACAAUUUUACACAUUCAACGGCUCCCCGGUCCUGGAAGGAAUUCUUCAAUUGAAAUUUUUGUCUUUUAUAAAAACAAAACAGAAUCAAAAAGGAAGCGAAGAAUUAAAUACGUUUUUUUCCAUAUGACAAACUCAAAUUAGCCUACAAAUAAACAAAAAAGCUACUUGCGUGCAAUCGAGUAGAGUAUCUAAAUUAA